UAUACCACAUCACCCGAUCAUACCUAUUUUCCAUCAUUGUCCCCAAACAUUUUUGCAAUUUCCCCUAAUCCCAUGCAACACAACAAUUAAGCUUUAGCAUACCAUUACACCAUAAACUCAACUUAGGCAAUCCAACAGAGGAACUAUAAUUCUAAGUUAUAUUCUGCAACCCCCUAUGCUUAAUCUCAUUCAACUAAACCUCAUUUGCACAUUCUUCGAGUCCCAAUUCUUCCAAAACCCAAAUCAUAUUUCUCUCUUCCAAUAUCUAUAAAAUGCGAAUUAUCCAGUUUUCCUCUUAUUUUCACUGGUUUUCCCCCCAACAGAUUUCCCCGGCAUGCACACGACCCUACCAACAUAAAACUGCUGGUUCCCGCAUGUCGUCUGGCGGCAAAAACGUGCCACCAGGCGGUGCAUACAAUUCUGGGCCUUUCCAGAAUCCCCAGCACCUCCGUGUUACCCAAAAUCUUCCUUAUCCUGCAACCCAGUAAUUCCAUAGUACGAGUUCAAUCCUAAAUAAUUUUCCCAGUAUUAAUCCACAUCCAAUUGCGUCAUUCAAUUACCAAUUCAAUGUUAUCCAAAUUGAAAUCAAGUUUUCGCUAGUAAAGUUAGUUAGAGUUAGUAGUUACAGCUAGAAGCUAGUUGUUAGUAAUUAGAGCUAGUACCUAAUAGUUAGUAAUUAGAGCUAGUACCUAAUAGUUAGAGUUAGUAACUAGUAGCUACAUCUAUUAGAUAGUAUGUAUAACCCUUCUGCAUAUGAGAAUUUUUCUUCAUUUCACUAUCCUCAACUAUAUACUCAUAGGAUGCAUUUUGCACCCUGUUUUAACCCGGUUUGGCAGCCAUAUAGCGCAUCUUUCCUGCAGCAGCAUGCUGGACCAUAUCAACCACAAAAUCAGCAGCUAUCGCAACCAUGUUGGGAACCAUUUGGUGCACCAUAUCAACAGGGAAAUGUCAGUCAGUCCCAACAGUAUGCAGAGCCAUAUUGCAACCAAGUUAAUAAGUCCCAAUUUGAGCAGCCAUACUUUCAGCAGCUGUUACAGAUGGAUGGACCAUUCUUUGAUCAAUUACAGCAAGGUAGUUUAAUUUCAGAAAUUCAAGACUUGAGCAAUCAAAUGGCUCAAUUAGUGGCAGCAGUGAAAAAGCUAGAAAGGAGGGAAUCUGAGACAAGUCUUUGUAAAUCAGUGGAGGAAGCAAUAACCAAAGAAGCAUUAGUAGUUGAAGCUCCUGAUUUUGAUUGUCAUACUGAUUUUUCAGCUGCUAAAACAUGUCUUGAAGCACCUAUUGAGGAUGGAUUGUGGAUUUGAAAGUUGACUUGGCUGACUUGGAGUUUAGCACUGAUUCUGCUGUUGAUUUACAUAUUAACGUUGAAGUAGAAUUUGAUGAUCAAGCAGUAGAGUUAAAUGGAGUUUACAAUGCUGAUUUUGAUGUUAAUAACAUUGGUGGAGUUUUGUUUUCCGAGUAUGAAACAGGUGCAGCUGCUGUGAAUGGCACAAAGGCUUCAAAUAAGGUUUCAAAUAUCCAAAUCCUAACACUGGAUGGAGUUCUUAUACUGCUGCAGCAGAGUAUGGAGGCCGAGCAAAUCAGAGAAGGCAAUCUGGCCAGAAUAAGAGUGCACAAGGGAAAAAGGAUGAAAAGUCAAAUCUUAGACCUUGUGAAUAGCGGUAGUACUAUGAUUUGUAUGAUAGUUUUUGUAGUAAUAGCUAAUAUGGGAAAUAGUAUAGAAAUUAGAAUGAUAGAACAUAGUUUGUAUUACAUAAAAAUUAAAAGAAUUAA